AUAAAAUAAAAAUAAAAAAAAAGACCAAAAAUCAAUAAAAGCACCUAAAAAGAAUUCAGCAUCUUUAUCUGUUUUUUGCCGCCGGAGUGAGAAAAAAGGAGAUCGGAAAUGUCAUCGGAGCCUCCACCUUUUCAGGAAGCACCUCGCUGCGACGUCUGCAAAUGCAGCUUCAACACUUUCAGGCGCCGGCACCAUUGCCGAUGUUGUGGAAGGACAUUAUGCCAUGAACAUUCAUCUGAUCAAAUGCCUUUACCGCAAUUUGGCAUACUUUCGUCUGUUCGAGUUUGUGCAGAUUGUUUCAAUAACUCUUCAGGAUCUGCAAAAGCCGAUCCUCAGCCUCCUUUAGGCGGAGUUGGUUCUGCUACUGAUGAAGUCGCUAGAUUAAACAUUAACGCAGAUGUGGGUGCACAAACUGAAGCAACUGCAAAGCAACAGCCUGUUGUAAGCAUUCCAGAAUGCAAGUGUGGAAUGCCUUUGUGUAUUUGUGAAAGUCCAGCACCGAAAACAGAUGCAGUUCCACUUACGAUGAAAAACCCUCCAUCCUCAGUGGCUUCGUCAAAUCCAAAACCAAAAAAGACUGACACUGUUCCCAAGAGUAGAGGCUCCACUUCAAACUGUAAAUCUAGUUCGGUUUUCAAUCCUGGUCUGGUGACCAAUGGUACUGCUGCAGAUAAAUCUCAGACGGAUUAUGAUGUCAAUGGAGAGGGUUUAAGAGAAGCUAUAAAGAAUGGUGAUACAGCUGCAGUCAAAAGGCUUCUAAGUGAGGGUGUAGAUGCAAAUUACCGUGACAAGCAAGGAUUAUCUGUACUGCAUCUGGCGGCAUUAUUCAAUCGAACCGAUAUAGUGUUUGCCCUCAUGGAUCAUGGAGCAAGCAUGGACUACAAGAAUGCACAAGGAGAAACACCAAUGGAUUGUGCACCAGUCACUUUGCAAUACAAGAUGCGAACGAAGCUGAAAGAGGGCCGAGCAGCGUGAAAUCAACUAGACAAGAGAAUCCGAAACCGAUUUCAUACGUCGACAACCGACAUGCUCGAUCUCAAGUUGUCAGCUUUAACUAGAAAUUAUUUUAUAUAAUGCUUGAUCCUGUCAGCUUAGUGCUGGUACUGUUUUGUAUUAUAGCUGGUAGACAAACCGUCAAACAGACUUCAGGACAUAGAGUCUCAAUCAAAAUGUUUUUUUUUUUCCCUUUAUUUUUUUAUCAACAAUAAGAAUGCUGUUGUGAUGCAAUAAAAGUUGCUAUUAAAACA